AUGUCACAUCAUCCAAUAGCUACCCCGAAGCUCGGAACGAGAAAGGUCUGCUCAAGCGCAGCGAUCUACUCAACUGUUCCAUCGUCGUCAACUUUCGCAAGUCUCGAAUUCAAUAAAGUCUUCCUGGCAUCCGGGAACUCGAUCGCCAUUCCCCCUUCACAGCUGGCUGUUAUGCCGGUAUCUCGAAAGGAAACGAACUGCAAACCCUUAGCGUGCCCUUACAAAACCCCCCCUGUGAUCCUCCUCGUUCCCGGCGCGUUCGGGACCCCAGACAGCUUCGGCCCUCUGCUGCCACACCUGAAGGAGGCCGGAUAUCAUGCACACCCAGGCCCAUACGCAAGCUGCAACCCUCCAGACCCGUCCGCGGCGACGUGCGCGAACGACAUCGCAUCACUCCGCGACUUUGUCCUCCUGCCCCUCCUCGACCAGCAGCAGAAAGACGUCGUCAUCCUCGCGCACCCGUAUGGGGCGAUUGUUGCGAGCGAUGCGGCCAAGGGCCUCGACAAGCCGACUCCCCUCAUCGAACCCGCCGAGGAGGUCCUGUACAACGACUGCGAUCCAGCACACGCAGCCGGGCUGAGCCGCGGCAUGGUCCCUCACGCGUACGCCGCGUUCGAGACCAAGUCCACGGCACCCGCUUGGGCAGACCAAGGCUUCGACGGAAGGAGGGCAUACGUACGCACGCUGGACGACUGUUGCAACCCUUCGUUUGUCCAGGACGUGUGGCGCGAGAGAACAGGGGUCCACUGGGACGUGGCCGAGCUCAAGGCCGGCCGUAUGCCGUUCGUCAGUCGACCCAAGGAAUUGGCAGUGGAGAUUGUUAAAUUUGUCGAGGGAUUCGUGGGGCUCUGA